AGUGAAAAUCUCUGCAGAUUGUUAACCCUCAUCUCAAUUACAGAAUUAUUUUGAAUUUUAGCAGUUCUAAUACACUCAUAGAUCAUUUUUAUUGUGCAAUGAAAGAGGCAGAUUGUAAUUUUAAAAAUGUAAAGUCUUAUUAUUUGCUGGAGCCUCAUUUAACCAUGUUUCAAAUUUUUGUAAUCACUUCAAGACUUUGUUGAAUCAAGCUUGGCCACCUCAUUUAACCAAGUCCUGACUGAAAACUAAAUCAUUGUUUUCAUUUACAGUUGAUGCACUCCGACUAAAUAUAUUACCAUGGCUUUGGUGACAACUCUGCGUUGUCGGGUACGAGGUCGUUUGCCUGCUCGAUUUGUACAGAAGAGGAAAGCCAAAAGCAACUGCUUCAACAGACAGCGGGUUGGUCAUUUCCCCAUCAUGCUAAUGGAACCUGAACCAAAGAUUGAUGAUUUCAUGCUAUAUAGUGAGCCAGAUGAGGAUGAAGAAGAAGAGCUUGAUGCCCAAGCAAUGGCGGCUGCAGCUGCUGCUGAGCAUGCUGCUGAAGCGGCUAGUCGAAUCAGCAGUGAUAUUGAAGAGGAGGACGAAGCUUCUGAUGACACAGAGAGAGACGACAGCGUUGACGUUCCUCCUGCUCCUCGCAGAAAUCAGAGGCUUCCUGCUGUGCUAGAACGUGGUGCUGCCAGUACUGCACCUCCUAAGCCAUUCAGGCAGGGAUACCCGCUUGUGAGAUACAACUUGGCGACAUUCUUCAUUCAUAGAUGUCUGCCAGUGAGCUACAACGUCGCUGACUACACUCUUACGCGUUCGCUGAGCCUAAGUCGUCACGAAUCUUUGCACGUGAGCGCCGAGUACAGCACUCGACACAUGCUCACCUCGGGAAUGUUCAGGGAGCUGCCCGUAUCCCUGAUACCACCUCCCCCGCAGCCGCAGCAACCUAAUGCUGACCCAACUGCUGCUCGUCGCAACAGCAUUGUGGAUAAGGUAUUUUGUUCGCAGUGGUUGAGUAGCAGCAAGAUUAUCAUGGGCACGAAAUGCAACAGAAUCAAAGUGUAUGAUUCCAAAACGUGUUCAAUUUUAGACAUUCCACGUUUGUGUCCGCCUGUACCCGAACUUUCACCUACUGUCAAUCCCCACGGUGUUUAUGCCAUUGAAAUUAAUCCGUCACGGACCCUUCUCGCGACCGUGACGCAAGGCGGCCGUAACGUCGCUGUUUAUAGACUACCAGAUCUUGCACCUUUUUAUUACGGACACAAGUCACACACUGACGGUAUUUUAGAUCUAUGUUGGCUUGACGACAACUUCCUGGUCUCAGGAGGUAUGGACCGGAGAAUGGCACUCUGGAGAAUAGAUGACUACGACCAUAGAACUGUAUUCCUAGAUUCCCUCGAUGACGAUCGCCCAGAACUCGAAGUUCCACCGUUACAAGCGAUUGCACCCCUUAGAAUUAAGAAAUGUUUCGGGGCCGACAAAGUACGUGGUAUCAUAUUCAACCAAAGAAAUAACGAGAUUGUUGCACUCUCUACCAACGCGUAUCUGCAUAUUUGGAGCCCAGAAAGAUUUUAUCAGAAGAUGUCUCGGAAGUUGCCGCACGCCAUGGAAAACGUGUGCCUCACACAAAUGAAGGAUUCCUCGCUUUACGCUGUCGGCUCCAAAUCUCAUUUCACUCUACUCGACCCCAGAACUCUGCAUUAUGUUAAAAAGGUGAGCGCACGCAUCAACGGAUGCAGCGUCAAGUCCCUGAGCUUCCACCACGACAUCUUGACGGUGGGCACGGCCGUGGGCGCCAUCCUCUUCUACGACAUGCGUGCUGGCAAAUACAUGGAGAGCACCAUGAACAGUGGUCGGGCGGUAAUGCUGAAGUGCUCGCGAGGCUUCGUGCACCUGGAGGAGGCGGCGAUGGAGAUGCCCAACAUAGACUACUCCCCCACCGUCUACACCCACUGCUACGAUCAAUCCGGCACGCGUCUUUUCGCUGCUGGGGGGCCGCUGUCCGUCACCGUACGUGGUCAUUACGCUGCUAUAUGGCGGUAGCACUCGAGUGCGCCGGGUCCUGCAACUCUGAAAACUUCCAAUAAGCUGACAUAUAAAGUUAGACUGACACAUAGUCUGUUAUACUGAUACAUAUUAAGUUAAAGUAUUACUGAGUAGAAGGUUACUGAGUGGGUGUUCAACCAAAGGUCGUUGGGCUACUAGUAUUUUUAAACAGUAGUUUUAACGAUUUUGUAAGUUGGUUCAUGCUUCAUGCAUGUUUUAUUUGCGCUAACAUUCGUUGGAUAGUGUUUAUACAUGAGACGGACUGGAGUAAAACUAGUAUUAUACAUAUGACUCUGAGUCGGAGUAGUUUCAAAUUUUUUAUUAACUUCCUUAUUUUCGAUAACAGUUGAUAAUGUUCUUCAAUGGAAUUUUCAGUUGAGGAUUUUUACAGUUUUAAUUCAUUUUGUAUCGUUUCUUUUUUACCUUCUGAUAAUUCUUCGUUGCCAUGCGGUUGGCUCUGAGAAAUUUACGUUUCUGCUGGCCUGUUGGUGAUUGGUGCAAUUUGCUUCUAUGAACCCUCAUAGAGCUUAAAUAUUUUCAGUCGGGUUAACGCAAACCAUAUGAAAAAUAAAAUGUAUUUUGUUUCAUAGUUCCAUUCUUAUGCGGAUUAUAGUGAAGUUAUAAUUGCUGAUUGUUUCCAUGAUCGAGAUGGGAUUUAUUCCUCUGAUAAUUCGUAAGCGGUUAGUGUUCGCGCCCGAAGCAGUUUUCUUAAAGAAUAAGUUUCAACUGAAGUUGGCGUAACAGGUGUUGACUUAAAUAGUUAUAAUUUCUCAUACGUUUUAAAAAUUUUAUUUUAAUUUCUUUAAAUUGUAUUUUAUUAUUUCUCUGCAAAUGCUUUAUUGACUGUGCGUUGACUCAGAAUCUCAGUUUUUAAUUGCUUGAGGUUCGAGGGUUUACCUGAGGCAGUUGCUCAUUUCUAUGAUUUAAAUUAUUUCUGUUCCUGCAUAUUCUCUUGAAUUUUUUUUUACAAACAAUAGUUCGUUUUUCGAGUAAUCAGAGCUUUAUAUGUAAGAAAAAAGUCGCGUGGAUUUAAAAUUGUAG